AUGGCCAAUAAACAUAGAUUAGCACAGUACAUACUGAAAGUAAUAGGCGAAACAAUUGACCCUAAUACCCUUUUCGACAUUCGAGUUAAGUGCAUCCAUGAAUAUAAAAGACAGAUGUUGAAUAUCCUAGGUGCUGUUUAUAGAUACAAUAAACUAAGUAAUAGCCGACCUUUAGGCACUGGUCAACGUGGGGAGAUUUAUGAGAUUAGUCGGGAAAGAGUUGCAGUUAUCCUUGAUAGCACAGAAGACAAUGAUCAAUCUGCAAAACCAUCAAUAUAUUGGCUUCUUGCUAAGCAUGUUAAGCAUGAUUUUGAUACUGAAGCUGAAGAUUGUUAUAUUGCAAUGCAGGCAUUAUCCAAGGUGUUGAAGUCUGUGCAACCUCUUAUUGUGUAUUUCCCAGACUCAUCUUUAUGGUUGUCAAGAGCUGUUUCUAAGUCAAACUGA